AUGCACGGCGCAGAGGAGGCAGUGGCGGCGGGGGGGCCGCGGGUGAGCGCGGCGAGCACGCAGACCGACAGCAUGGCCGGUCAAAUGCCAAGACUUUCUAAGGUCAAUCUUUUUACUUUGUUCAGUCUCUGGAUGGAGCUCUUUCCCUCGGCUGAGCAACAGAAAAAAUCACAGGUGAAGAAGAGUGGUCUAGUUGUGGUGAAAAACAUGAAGAUUAUUGGUCUUCAUUGUUCCAGUACAGACUUGCAUGCUGGCCAGAUUGCACUCAUUAAACACGGAUCAAGACUUAAAAACUGCGAUCUUUAUUUUUCCAGAAAACCGUGUUCGACUUGUUUAAAAAUGAUUGUAAACGCUGGGGUGAACAGGAUUUCUUACUGGCCUGCAGAUCCUGAAAUCAGCUUGCAAAAUGAGGCGUCCAAUCCCAUGACUACUGAUGAUGCAAAGCUAGAUGCCAAAGCAGUAGAAAGACUGAAGUCAAAUAGUCGUGCUCAUGUGUGUGUGUUGCUUCAGCCUUUGGUGUGCUAUAUGGUGCAAUUUGUUGAAGAAACUUCCACCAAGUUUGAUUUCAUUCAAAAAAUAGCAAAAUCUCAGCCUGACUCUAAUACUGACUUUUACACUGCAUGUAGACAAGAGAGAAUAAAAGAGUAUGAAAGCUUAUUCCUAAUUUCAAAUGAGGAAACGCACAAGCAAAUACUGAUGACAAUAGGACUGGAGAACCUCUGUGAAAAUCCAUACUUCAGCAACCUUAGGCAAAAUAUGAAAGAUCUUGUCUUGGUCUUGGCGACAGUGGCUGCCAGUGUCCCUGUCUUUGGAUGCUUUGGAUUUUACAACAGUGAAUCACAGCAAAUGAAUGAAACAGACCAUCAGGGUUUGCCCCAAGAAAUUGCAAGGCACUGUAUGAUACAAGCCAGACUACUUGCAUACCGGACAGAGGAUCAUAAAACGGGAGUUGGAGCUAUUAUUUGGGCAGAGGAAAAAUCAAGAAGCUGUGAUGGAACGGGAGCAAUGUAUUUUGUAGGCUGUGGUUACAAUGCCUUUCCUGUUGGAUCUGAAUAUGCUGAUUUUCCACACAUGGAUGAUAAACAAAAAGAUCGGGAAAUUAGAAAGUUCAGAUACAUUAUACAUGCGGAGCAGAAUGCCUUGACAUUCAGGUGUCGAGAAAUAAAGCCAGAUGAGAGAAGCAUGAUAUUUGUGACAAAAUGUCCAUGUGACGAAUGUGUCCCUUUAAUCAAAGGGGCUGGUAUCAAGCAGAUCUAUGCAGGAGAUGUUGAUGCUGGAAAAAAGAAAGCAGACAUAUCCUAUAUGAAGUUUGGUGAACUUGAAGGCGUAAGCAAAUUUACAUGGCAGCUAAAUCCAUUGCACACUAAUGCCCUUGAAUUCCAUGACCCCACAGCCAGGGAAAAUGGGGUCCAGAAGACAAAAUCACUAGAUGACCAGCAGCACCAAAACAAGAAACUGUGUCUUGGUCGCUACUGAAUAAUUAAGCACUCCUGCAGUCUUGCUCUGUACUUUUUAUAAUGCAGCCUGU